AUGAUGAGCUGGAGACACUGGAACCCAGAGCAGCUUGCCGCCCUACACAGUGUUCGCAGUGCAGUCGGUUCAGUCGUGCUCAUUACUGGCCCCGCCGGAACUGGCAAGACGCUGGUCCAACAGAUCAUCGCCGCCUUCUUCUUCCUCGUCGGUUUUCACGUGCUGGUUCUCGCACCCGCGAACAGCAAUGUGGCUGAUUUUGUUGCAAAGCUGCACCAAAACUUUCCUGACGGCAACGUCCAGGCGCUGCGCAUUCUCCCCACCUCAGCUGAGAUCAAACUGAAAGAUGUUGCUGGACAAACAGAAUCGCAAGCACCCUCCUCCACUCAAGACAUCCCUGUAGCAGAUGCCCAUGUCUUCGAGUUUGAAAUGGUGCGUGCUCAGAUCCAAGCUGCAGGCGAGAAAUAUGACAAUGGGCGUGACGCUAGUCUUGGAGCCCAGGUUCUUAAGACAGCGCGCAACAAGUCCUUGAUAGGCAAACACCUCGCAAUGCUGUACACGGGACCCAGAAAAGAAAAGGUUGAUAUGUGGAAAAAGUUGCUUGAAUACAUCGAGCAGUGCGAGCGUGAUGACUUCGACUGGAACGACAAAAUCGCAGUGGACCACUACGACCAGUGCUACCGGGCAUGCAAGAAGUAUUACAUUGCUCGUCACAGAUUCCUGGUAACGACUACGGGCAACGUGUACAAUUCGGACAUUCAGGAUUUCUGGGCCCAAGAUCUGUACAAUGUGCCAUGCCAAGGGGUGAUUGUCAUUGUCGAUGAGGCCUGCAAGGACAAUGAAAUUGACACCCUCGGCGCUCUGAUGUGCCGAGGAUUUCGCCACAAGGUUGUUGGCUUGGUCAUGGUAGGAGACAACCGACAGCUCAAGCCUACCGACACGGCUUCCCGAGGGCAGGUGAUCUUCAGCCCCUUUCCGCAGCGCAAGAGCCUGCCUUUACUCUCACGUCUGAAAGAUGAGGGCCAUCCUUGUGUGGAAAUGCUCGAGCAGCAUAGAAUGAGUGCGAGCAUCGCAGAGUGGCCAUUUGCCAAUUUCUACCCGCCAGGAAUGCGCAGCUCAGCAAGCACCUAUCGACUCCUCCGCGAAAAGCAGCCUGGUCUACAACAAUGCCUGACCAAGGCACUUGGUGAAGAUCCAUGCCGCCUCGCAACCAUGUAUAAUCCACAAGAACAGGAUACCUAUCUCCGCACCCACUACAUUGAGCUGAACGGCACACGAUUGAAGCGUAACCUGUCGACGGUGGUUCGAGAGCACAUUGUGGCGUUCUUCAAUCACAUUUUCCCGGCCUUCCAGGCCUACUAUCGAAGCAAUCUCCACGAAAAUGUCACGAUUAUCGUGGCAUACAAAGAGGCUCGAUACUCCUGGCAGCAGGCCAUCAAGCACAUGAUGAAGAGGUUCGGCGCGCCAAUGAGCCACCUCCCCAAAGUCAUCACGAUCGAUUCCAGCCAAGGCACCGAGGCACCCGUGACGAUCAUCGACUGCUCCGUCCAGCAAUUCCUGCGAGACGCCGACAUUGGUUUCGUCGACGAUGACUGCCGCAUCAAUGUGGCUAUGACUCGUGCGCAAGACGUUCGCUGGGUCCUCGGCGGUUCGUGCAGUGCAGGCAAGCGCUCCCCACGUCAGAAGAAGUUGCCAGCCUACGUGAGGUAUCGCGACUAUACCUCACGCAGGGAUUCUCUCACGAUUCUCAACAAUGAUGUGCUGCCUGGUGGUGAUGGUAACGCCUGGCUGGAGAAGUUGGAGCGCAGAGUCGUUGCGCUCGACAGGACCUUUGCCGAUGACAAGGCUCGCCGUGUUGGUCAUUGA